GGAUGUGUGACUUUGAUGGGACUGUAGACAGAGCUGUUUCUUGGAAAAGAUUUAGAGCUGUUACUGAGGCUUUUCCAGUGUGACUAGUCCUUAAUCAACUGUACUGUCGUGGCCUGACGCAAAUAUUGUAAGACAUAGCAGGAAACCUUGCCUUCGGCCACAGGUCUUGCUGGUGAAAGUUACCUCAAUGCUGGGGAAAGCUAACACGGUGUAAUUUGGGCUGCGCACUUCAGAUGAUAUUGAUCAAAAGUCAAAAGGACAGUGACGAACUAUUAUAUUAUGAUGCAAACAAUAUUGGUUUAUAUUCUAAAUGAGCGACAUCUACGAAUGUGUGCUUUGAUUUAGAGAUCUUCCAAGGAAUGCCAGAAAGUUCUCUUGACUCCCCUAAAGAAAAUCUGUGAAGUUUGAACAAGCAGCCUUCCCAAGAUGUACCGAAUAUCUCAACUGAUGUCAACACCAGUGGCAAGUUCUUCAGGCUCUGAGAGAAGAUAUACCGGAGAGCCGUCUCCCAGAUGCCUUUUCCCAAGUUUUGCCUGUGAUUUCCCGGAUGGUGACAGUUCCUUUGAAGGCUGCUCUGCAGCUCUCUUGACGGGCUCCCACGUUACCUGUCGCCGAAGUCCCAGACUCCUCUCCAAUGGCUACUAUGUUUGGACAGAGGACCCUUUCCUCUGUGACAAAGAUGGCAACAUAACUCUGAGCCCACCCCAGGCCAGUGUUCUUUACAAGGAGAAUUUAGUUAGGAUAUUUAGAAAGAAAAAGAGAACCCGCCCUUCCUUUUCUAAUCUCUUCAGCCUUGGUGCCUCUAAAUCCUGGCAGCAUGGAAAUAUCUUUGGUGAUGUUGACUCUUCCCAAAGUGAGGACACCUGGUCGGAGGGGGUCGGGAGGCUGGACACGCACCAUUGCAAUGAUAUCGGCGACGAUCGCGAUGGUUCUGCGACUGAUGCACGCGAGGCAGAGCAGCGGAAGGCAGCCUCCUCCUCCAGCCACGCUGCGUCUCGGACUCCGCCAGAGAACUCCCACGACCUGGCCCUUCAGUCUCAAGGGACAACUUCUGAACAUUUCCCGGGGAACCUUCUGGAUCACGCAAAAACCAGUUUGUGGAGAGACAUCUUCUUUCAAGCAUUUCUACUGGCCGCGUGCUUAAUCAUUUGUGCAUGUGCAAGGUGCUUUCUGGGAGGGAUAUUUGCCAGUGGCCUCACGUGCCCAUUGAUGAUAACUACUGCCUAUACUGUCACGUCGUUGUUUCUCAGCCUUGCCGACUAUUUCGAAGCCACCACCUGUGCUCAGUAAGUGUUGACUGUGUUACCGUCAUCCUGACGAAGACGACUGCAGCCGGCUACCUGAGAGUGCUUUUGGCUGCCUGAUGGAUGACAAUGACCACGCACAGGAAGCGUUCCCGUCAUCUGUCUCGAAGAAUACUUUCUGUUAAUGCUAAAAUCUCAUAGCGUCCUCAUCCAGUCUCUUACAUUUUUACCAGUUCUUCAAAAUUGAGAAAAUUAAGCUUCGAGGCAGUAGGACUUAAUAAAUAACGUGCACCUAAAA